AUGUUGACUAAUGAUACUGUAUUAAAGUGUAAAAUUUCAAAUUGUCAAUGUGAACAAUUUCGUGCCAGUUCAAUAUCCGUACGUUCUUGUGACGAAUGUAAACAUAGUUAUGUUAGUCAUGCAUUAAAUCGUCAAACAUCUUAUACAAAUUUACAAAGUCAUUGUGAUUUAGUAUCAAGUGAACAUAUAUUUGAAAUUGCAACAUUAUGUCUUUAUGGUUGUACAACAGUUACAACACGUAUUAAAAUAUUACUCGAUCGAUUAUUUCAAGAAAUACAUACUAGUGAAAAAGAACAAAUAUUAAAAAAUUUAAGAUGGACAAUCAAUGAUUAUAACAAAUCAUACGUAGAACAAGUAAGUUAUUUUUGA